AUGAAGCACAGGCACAACUCAGGAGGCCAGAGACUGCUGAAGUCGACGAAUCUGCACCGAACGAUAGCAGAUUCGGAAGUAGGAGACUUGGGGAAUGCCUCACAGUUCACGCGAGACAUUCGAAAUGUUCGCAAAGCGUUACACAGGAAGCGCCCAAAGACUUCACCUGAGACGAAAGACAAAACGGUGAAGAAGAUGAAGCGCAGGGAGAUGACUGACAAAGCAGCUUCAUCUACGAAGCCGCCUGCCGGACCGCUGGACUGGCAAGAAGUGAAGGGCAGGAAAGGGAAAGAUAAGGCGAAUUAUGCGGAGAUCCUCAGUCGGGUUAAGAAGGAUGGCAACUGCAAUCAGUCCAGAGAAAACGUCGAAAGGAUCCGACGUACAGAGACUGGAGACAUGCUGAUCACUCUGAGCAAGGAAGCAACUGAUGGAGCCCCCCAGCUGAGAUCAGCCAUCCCCGGUCUCCUCAAAGAGGAGGCUGUGGUGCUCAGCAAGGAGCCGCUCGAAAAUCUUGAGAUUAAAGAUUUGGACGAAGAUACAUCGAAGGAGGACGUCCUCGAAGCCCUACAAAAAGUAGACGGUGAGGAGAAUGCCAUAGCUCUUGAGGCCGUCAAGUCUUUGCGUAUUGCAUAUGGAGGAACACGGACUGCCUCAGUGACACUCACAGCAUCUGCUGCGAAGAAGAUCCUGGGAGAGCACGGUAAGAUCAAGAUCGGAUGGGUCAAUUGCCGUAUCAGAAGAGUGGAGAGACCGAUGAAGUGUUUUAAGUGCUGGCACUAUGGACAUCUCGCCACGAAAUGCACGAGUGCAGUCGACCGGUCCAGAGUCUGCGUUAAAUGCGCAGAGGAUGGUCACAAAGCGAAGGAGUGCACGAAGAAGGAACUACGGUGUGCCCUGUGCACUGAGAAUGGCAACUUGCAGAACUAUGCCCACGUUGCUGGCAGCACCAGGUGCCCAGCAUACAAGGAUGCACUCCAGAAGCUUGCUAAUAAAAGGCGAUAA